AUGGCGAGCCGCUCGGAUGAGCUCCUGUCGGACCUGGGGUUCGUCUCCUACAACGCGAUGGCGCUGGCGCUGGCGCCGGCGACCAUCGCGCAGCUGGCUCUGCGGCACUGGCGCGGGGAGGAGACUCUGGCCUCCACGUGGCAGCGGCUCGGCGGCUGCCGCGUGCGGCGCCCCAAAGGACCCCUCAUCUGGUUUCACGCCCUCACAGUCGGCGAGUGCGCGGUGGCGCUCCCGGUGGUGUUCAGGUGUCUUCUGGAGUACAACGAGAAUGUCCGCGUGCUGCUCACCACCGGCACACCAGAGGCGCACGCGCUGCUGGCCGGCAGCCUGCCACGCCGCGUGGUGCUGCAGUGCGCGCCCUUUGAGAACGCGGCAUCAGUCACACUGUUCCUGCGCAGCUGGCGGCCGCAGGUGGCCGUGUUUGUGGAGUCGCCGUCUUGGCCCAUGCUUGUUGAGCUGGCGGGGCGGGCGGGGCUGCGGCUGGCCCUGCUGAACGCGCGCAUGGGGAGCAGGUGA